UCAGUUUGAGUGACAAACUAUGCAGAGAAUUCGUACAGUAUUUCCUGCAAAAUACCUCGCGGUUUUAUAAACAACACAAUUAUUUACAUUAUUUAAUUAUAAUUAAAAAAAAACUGUUCAAUAUAUAUAAAUCUACAGAAAGUUAAAGAUUUUCUUGUACCAGAUUGUGCUCAAAUGGCGUGCAAAGUCUUUUGGGUACUCUUUGCCAUUGUGGCUCUAAGCAGUGCGGUAGCAUCAACAAAAUUGAAUUAUCCUCGCGUGCUACUGCCGAUAUUUAAUCAAAUAUCAGUAAAUUUUACAUUGGAAGUGAUUGAAAAAGGAUGUUUUAAAUGGACAUCAUCCCGGCAAGAUUUAAUACUUAUUACCCCAUUAUAUGAAGAUGUAGAAAGUGAAUGCUCAUAUCGUGCAACAGUGACAGUGUUAACUCGCGAACGUCGACAUAAUGCAGCCAUUGUCUUGGCAGAGGAUCUUACCACUGGCGAAUCGCUGCGUUGUGAUGUCAUACUUGAUGUUAUCGACAAAUUGGGUGUGCGCACAACCACCCGACAACUGUUUCUUGAAGAAGCUCCGGAAACCUUCGAAUUGCGUGCGGAAGACUCUCAAGGCAAUGAGUUUACUACUUUGGAGGGAAUUGAAUUUAGCUGGCUAAUCUCUUCUUUGGGUGGACGUAGCGGAAGUAAAAAUUUUGCACCAGCUUUAAGAUUCCUAACAUUUGGCGAAAGCCCUUACCAUGCGGUACCACCCGCAUUGGAAAAAUUCGAGGCACAACGUAUGAAAGGUUACAUGGUGUUGCUGGAGGGUAUCAACACGGGCACUGCUAAGGUAACCAUAAGCAUACCUCACCCCGAGUACAGUCAUGUGCCAAAAAUGGAAGUUUAUAUUAAUGUGCUUGCUAAUAUCAUACUCGAGCCAUCGGAUGUACAUCUGCUAACUGGUGAUAAAAUUAAUUUCCGCAUACUACAGUUGAAAAAGGGCAAGCUUCAAGAGAUUUCUUUAAAUGACCAAUAUUUCCUGGAAAUUGAAAAUACUAAUGUGGCUACAAUAAAAGGCACCAGCAUAACCGCUUUGAAGCUUGGCACAACAACAGUGGUUUUGCGUGAUCGUAAUGCCCCCAUCGACGAGGAAAACAGUAAUUUAGAUACCGCGAUCGUAAAAGCUUCAACACCUAGUGCUCGCGUAACCGUUGCUGAGCCUGUACGUUUGGGCCUUAGUCUAUUGCCGCACAACAAUUGGAUAACAGUAGAGGGAGAGAAGCAUGAAAUAGCGCUGGAUUUGUAUACACGCGAUGACAAAAAGAUUACAUUAGGCUCACAAUAUGCCAUGCAAUCGGAAUUCGAUGAGGUGCUCUAUUAUGUAAUACAGAAAAAUAAAAAUGGUAGUCGCAUAUAUGGUGAAGCGAUACGUCAGGGCAUUUCGCCAGUCUAUGGUUACUUUAAAGAGCUGACUGCCCAAGCAGAGUUGCAAAUACAUAGUGAACUGCUGCUUUCACCCAGUAAAGUGGUGCUACCUUUCGAUCCAAAUGUGUCCAAAGUGCAAAAAAUACAAUUCCACGCACGAGGUGGCGAUGGACAAUACACCUGGCAUUCGCAAAACCAACGCACUCUACAUAUUUCACAAACCGGCCUUGCCACCACGGUUAUACGUCACACAGAUGGUAAGCGUACGCAAACGGAUAUGCUGGAAGAAGGCACUUCACUCGCCACACAUGCCAGCGUCAGGGUGGCACUUUCGAAGAAUCCGAAAAUAACGCGCCAAGCGGAUGUUUAUUUUGUGCCGCCCUUUAAAUUGGAAAUCAUACAAUAUAACUUUGAAACUGCGCUAAAAGAUUAUGUGCGUCUACAUGUAGCCGUGUAUGCAAAAGUAAAUCAAACGCUUGUGCCCUACACACGUUGCGAAAAUCUCGUCUUCGAUUUUGAGUUUUCCAACAAGAUAUUUCAAGUGGACACGAAUGAGCAGACCACACAAAUGUUCAAUGACGCCUGCCAAGUUGUGCAUCUACGCAGUACUGCUGUUGGACUAACUAAUUUGCGCAUAUCUUACAAAUUCCAAGAUCGUGUGCUCAAAGAUGAAGUGACAUUAAGUGUGUUCGAACCGCUUGCAGUGUUAAAUCCCAGCGCUAAUGAAGUCGUGUUGCCAAUUGGUGCGUCACGUAACGUAAUCUAUGAGAAUGGUCCACAAAAAAUGUUUACUUUAGAAAGUGAGUUAACCAAAUCGGUGGAAUACGAUAGUGCCGUUGCUCAGGUUAGCGAAAUGAACUACGACACUCAAGAGCCCAUGCAUGUCUUCAAUGUGAUGUGCCUGAAAAUUGGCAAAACCACAUUAAGUUUCAAUAUACAUAACGUUUUGAGCAACUCCAAUUUCCAACCGUAUAUUUCGAACUUUGCCACCACAAUACACUGUGUGAAGCCACGUUUCCUCAAUCUGUAUGCUACCGAGCAGUUGCGUACUUCGUGCCCAAUGGAGGUGAAAAAUUCAUUGUUGCACAUAAAAGAGCGUGAUGACAAGUUCGAAAUCGAAAUUGAGGUGCAAGAUUCGAAAAAUCGCAAAUUGAUGAAUAUCACUUCGCUGUUUAUUGACUGGGAGUUCAACGCCGGCGACGAGCGCUACCAAAAGGAUGCCAUAAUGCAUUAUCGUCGUACAGAAGAAGAACUGUAUGAGGGUGUGCGCUUGCCCGCACGCGAUGUACUCAUCACCACCAUAGCGAAUGUGGCACAAAAUUUCCGUAUCAAAGGCAUAGUAACGCGUUAUGAUGCAACGGUACUGAAAAAACAUAACAUUUAUCCGGAAGAACCAAAUUUCGCUGUGAAGAAUGCCAAGACAGGUGAGAUGUAUACACCAGUUAUAGAGAACGAAAUACGCUUUAUGGCUGUGAACAGCACACUUUUCCCCAGCGAUCAUGUGAGCAUUUUUAUGGCCAAGAAUCGACGUGAACGCAUACCGAUUACCCAGGGCAGUGGAUUCUACGAUUUUGAGUUAUAUGACCAAAACGUUGUGAGUGUGGAAUAUGACGCCAAGGAGAAGGAGCUUGUAAUUACACCGUUGCGUGUGGGACAUGCUCGUCUCGAGGUUAUCGAUCGUUGUCUAAUGACCGAAGCAGCGCAUCUCUCAAUAUCGGUUGUUACGAUCGGCUCUAUUCGCGUUGAAGCACCCGAUCGUGUUGAGCGCACAAAAUCCAUCGAAGCCAUCGUGAAGCUCUACGACUCCAAUGACAAUUUGUUGCAAAUCGAUCCCUUCAACUUGCAUAUGUACGAAUUGUCCGAGGAGAUAUUUAAUGCGGACAUACUCAGUGUAAGCUUGGGCGAGCAACACGAUCUGCAGAUAGGCGAAAUCAAAUACAUCAUAACGGGCAAUAACCUUGGUGAGACGAAAAUUGUCUUUACAGCCGGAAGCGAAGAUUUGAAGGUUGGCAGUGAACCAGUCAAUGUACAGGUAUUCCCACCACUACGGCUUUAUCCACGCAAUUCCACACUGGUAGUGGGUUCCAGUCUACAAAUUUACUACCACGGUGGACCACAACCGGAUGUCAACAUUGUCUAUUAUGUGCAUGACAGAAAAGUUAUUUCAAUGGAGUCGGCUAUUGUUACGGCGCAUAAGCUGGGCACAACCAAAAUCACCGGUAAAUGCAUUAUGACAAAUCCCGGAAAUGGCAAAGAAGUGGUCAUAUCCGCUGACACAGUGGAAGUGCAUGUCGUACCGUUUGUGAAUAUACAAGUGAAGACACCGUUAGUGCGCAUACGUAGCGGUGCAGUGAUGCCGGCCGCUGUGUGGGGUGUGCCUGAUCUCUCGCCCAUGGUGUUGGGCACUUUGGAGAAUAUGCGUGUGACUUGGGCAACAAAUCAACCGGAUGUGGUGGACAUUUACAAUGUAUUUGCGGAUUCAGGAGUUGAAUACGAUACCACGGAUCUGAUAUCAGUGCGUGUCAAGGCAUUAAAUCCCGGAAAGGUUAAAAUACAGGCCACAGUCGAGUUAUCAACUGGUCAAAAAAUAACGAACUCGGUGGAAGUUGUCGUAUUCAAGGUAUUGGAACUUGAGUCGCCCAAGCACAUAACAAUGGACUGGAUUUUAGUAGCGCCGCGCAGCACGCUACAACUGAAGGCCAAUUUGGAUGACGUUUUAUACAAACUGGACAGCGAUAGCACUGGCAUAGUUAAGGUGUCCACCGACGGUGUUGUGCGCACACAGGAUACGCUCGGACGCGAUUUGAUUAUUGCCAAAACCUUCGAACAAACCCUACCAAUUGGCGUUGAAGUGAAGAAUAUACAAUAUAUUUUGGCUACUUUGGCCUACCCCACAUCGCGCUUGAAGCAAAGCGAGGCAAAAAUACCACGUGGCAUGAAUUUCGUAUUGAAAAUUUCGCUACACGACAAUUUGGGCAAUGAAUUCUCCCACAAUAUUGAGGAUGUCAAUGGCUUGAAGUAUGACUUGUCGCGCAAGGAUAUUGUGGACGUACAAAUCGGCAGUAACCUCACAAUUGCGAUAAAUCUGCCGCGUGAAACAAACAACAUGAUUGCCAUCAGCUUAAGGGAUACGACUGGAGUUAAACACGCUGAGGAUUACAUCAAGCUGUCAGUGGCAGAAUCGAAGAACACGUUUCCAACUAAGACGAUUUUCUCUGUGGGCGACAUCAUUUGCUUCGAUUCACCGCUGACAUUGUCAUCGGUUUGGAGCAGCUCGGAUGAGCAAAUUAUUGCAAUUGACAAAUUUACAGGAGUGGCACGUGUGUUGGGCAAUCGUCUGAAAUUGGGCGAGAAAAUCGUCGUUUCCAACGGCGAUAAGGCCAGCGGCAGUGCCAUAAAAUACGAUGUCGAAGUUCGUGAUGCGGAUGUGAUUCAAUUAUUGAAAUCAUUCGAUAUAUUUAGCGGUUCAACGUAUCGAGGACAUUUGGUUGUGCGCAAUCAUUUGCAAGUGGAUAAGUUUACCAACUUGCUCGCCAGAAAUAUUUCGAAAUGUUCGAGUGCCCUUGAACGCAUGUCUACGGUUAAACUAUUUACGUGCCGCCUCGCAUCCAAACAGGCCUUGGGGCGCAAGCUACUCGAGCAUUAUGCGGUAACGCCCAUAUUCGAGGCCGCCACCGGACGCUAUGCGUGUCAGAUUGAACUGUCGUCGAAUUUCAAUGAAGUACUCAGCAUUGUGAAGACUAAUGAUGUCCACUUCGAUUUGGAGGCCCAGCUGCCGAACGGUUUAUCGGAUGUUAUGUCAUUGAAAUUUGUACCCGGUGUGCGUGUUACACCGGAAGCGCUGCAGGCGACCGAGUUGCAAGAACAAGAUUUAACAAUCACUGGACUGGAUAAAGUGCUGCAGAAGGUGGAGGUGAAAGCGUCGGAUGCAAAAUAUUUGCAAGUCAUACAAGAAGUAAAGGCGCACGGCUCCUUGCAGUACAAGGUGAAGAUACUGCACGAACUGCCAACGGAUGAGCAAUUAUUUAUCCGUGUCCAUUCACCAACAACGCAACAAGACAUUGAGAUCCCCAUACUGGGCGCCAACACGUUGCUGCAAACUUGCUCCGCACAACCGUUUAGCAAUUCAUCAUCGUUUUUCGUGAAGGUUGUGUCGAAUAUUGGGCUCAUCGUCACAGCGCUGGUCGCGCUGGGAUUCACUGUUUGGUUGUAUGUAUUCCUGAGUCCACAGCAGAGCACAACGGAAAUCAACGCUGACGUUUUCUCCACCUCCAUGAAGAAUAAGUCGCGGAAUACGAGCACACCAACCACACCAGCUUCGCAGGGCAGUCCGACGACUCAGAUGUAUCCUAAUCUGUCACCCUAUUAUGGUCAACGGCGGAGCCCCAACAGUUCGAACGGUUUAUCGUCCGGAAUUGAUACACAAGUUUAUGGCGAUUCGAUAUUGAUGUCACCGCAGCAGCGUGUAAAUCGCCGUUAUUUAUAAGCGCAACGCAUUUAAUUUAUGUUUUUCUAUUUUUUGUUUUACCCAUGCUGUUUCUGUGCCCUCAUUGUACUCGUAUUUUUAUUUUACGUACUUCAGUUUUUGUUUUUGUUUCUUUUUUUAUUUGUUCAUGGAGGUUAUAGUUUUAGUUUCUUUCAUAUUCAAAACACGUGUCAUUUUUGAAUUAUGAGUUUUAUGUUUAAUACUUGCACUUUCCCUUUUGCUUUGUGCUUUCUUAUAAGUUUCAUACAGUGAAAGCUCCCGUAGAUGUUCGCUUUAAUAUGCGGGCAUGUCUAAUAAGUGAUCUUUAUUUUUCGGAACACAAGUUUUUUUAUAGAAUAUAAUCGCCCUCAUAUGGACUUUUUGAAAAGAACGGACACUGAUUCUUGGAUUGUUUUCUUGAUGAACAAAAAAGCUCCCAUAUGUGAAGGCAAAGUUAAAAAAUUGACAUUUUCGUAUUUUUUUUUAUAGAAUAUAAUCACAUGGUUUUCUGUUUUUAUGAAUAAUACGGUAUAUUAAUUUUGAAUUAUUGUCCAUUUUUUAAUUUUUAUUUUAAUUUUCCGUUUUGUUGCAUUCUCAUAACAAGACAAAAGUGUACUGAUGAUCAAUAUCCUUUUAUGGGAGCCUUCACUGUGAAACUUGCAUUCAUUACCAAGUUAUAUAUCGUCAUAUAAAAUGCAAAACAACGUUUCUUCAAAAAAAUCGAAAUUAAGCAUAAAAUUUCCAGCUUCCGCUGUCAGAUAUAACCAAUAUAUGUAUAUAUAUAUAACCAUUUUAUAACCAAAACUGAAAUUUUGUUUGAAUAUGAAUGGUUUCUAUUACAUCGGUUUUCUUCGCCUAUCAAAUUAUGAAAAGUGACUUUACUUUAUUUUGCAUUUUAGGUGACGAUGUGUAGUUCAGUUUUGUGUCUAUUUUUUAUAUUUAAUAGGAUUUAAAAAUAGUUUUAUGAUAUUUGCGUUAUUUUUUAAAAUUGUUCCAAGUGAAGACUUUUUGUACUGCCAAUAAAAAAUGACUAACAAUAAAGCAUUUUCUUAAAUUAUAACAUAACACACUAUCAUUAACUUCAUUCCUUAAAUAAAAAAAAAAUAUAUAUAUCUAUUUUACGAAAAGCUCACAUAACUUAUAAUUUUUCAAGAACAGUUUACCACAAUAAAAAAGAAACAAAAAAGGUUGAAAAAUUUAUUUUUUUUACUUUACAAAUUGUGCUAUGAAAUAAAAAUUCUGUUUACUUAAACAUUUUCUUAUUUUAAGCAAUUUAUUUUAAUAGAAUAAUAACUAUUUUAUUUUAUUGUAAGAAUCAAGCAUCUCUAAAAAAUAUAUUUCUAUAAAAAAAAACAAAAAAAAAUAUAUACACAUAUAUAAGUGCAUACCAUAAAGCAGCUUAUAGCGUUGAUAUAGUCAAGAAGUUCCAGAAACUAUUUUUACUACCAAUGAGUGAGGUUAAACUCAAAAAUAACUCAGUCAUCACUUAGUUUAGCUUUAAUUAUUACAUGUUAAAAUUAAGAAAAAUGUUUAUAUAAUAUUACGAAUUGUAAUUACCAUUGCUGUUAAUUAUUAAUUCAUUCAAAUAAGUUAAAUUAGUAAAAAAAAAUGCAACCCUAAUGUAAGCAAAAAAAUAAAAUCAUUUAUUUUGGGUCUUAGUCUUGAAACUCUUUAUACUAUAUACAUAUAUUAUAUACUUAUGUUAAGUGAAAACACAAGCGCUCUAGAGAGUAAUUUUAAAUAAAAGGAUAACUCUAAUCCAAACUAUGACUUUCAUAUAUGGUCGAGCAAGCUAUAUAACGAUAUACGUAAAUGUAAAUCUGUAUAAUGUAAUAUACAUAUAUGCUUAAGAUAUUUACUAUGCUUGAGAUAUUUUGCUAAAUAGCAUGAUGUACUAUAUAUGUAUGUUAAGGUGGGUCGAUUUGCAAAGAGUCAAAUAAAUGUAAAAAUCGCGUAAAGUAAAAUAAAAUUAUGGGAAUGUUCUAUGGGUCAUGCUGAACAACUUUGUUUAAGAAACUAAGAUUCUAAAACCGGUUUUGAACGGUUUAAUAAGACAAAAUUUUUUAGGAAUGAUAAAAUUUUGUGUGUCAGUCUUGAGAUAUUCGAAUGACAUUUAAUACGUAGAUGUAUUUGUAUAUUCCAUUGAUCAUUUUUCGGAAUCGGUCACAUCGAAGAACUAUAUCACAUAUUAUUCGAUUCAGAUUUUUAAACUUCGUCUUAAAAAUCACUUUUUCGAAACGCAUAGUCUCUAAAGUCUAAAGUCUGUAAAGGCGAAGUUGUUCAGAAUGAUCUGUAGAACAAUUCCAGUAUGCACGAUUUUCAUUUUUAUUACCCUUUUAUUAGCUGCAAUCGUAUGUUUACUUAUUUUAUAGGAAGAAAGAUCGACCCGCUCUAAUGUAUGUACAUAUGUUAGCAUGUCUGUUACAUCUCGAAUUGGUUUUUUUUUGUGCAAACGCUCACUGAAGCUUUUUACCAAAAAAAGUUAAACGUAAAGAAGAUUUUUAUUUUCAACUUAAACUUUGCCUAAAUCAUAUUUCUCAUCAUGUAAAUAUGUAUAUAGGAGUGGAUUUUUUGAUUCUUUUUAUAUUUUGCAUUUAGCAAGUACAUCAACACCUUUAAAAAAGCGAUAUUCCAAUAUAAAAGUCUACGCUUACAAAAAGGUCUUCAACAUUUUUUUUUUCAUAAGAAUCUUCCUUAGAAAGUUAUUCGCAGUUAAAGUCAAGCAUCAAAUGAGCUGAGCAUUUAUACAAGUCAUUUAUGCACUCUGUGUUGCUCAUACGACAUGGUGUACUAUAUGAUAUUUGAUGCAUAACUGCGUGAAACUUUUACGAAAGAAAUUAUGAAGACCAUUUUUGAAUUAGAAUAUCAUUUUUUUCAAAGUUGAAGAUUUAUUAUAUGCUUUGGAGAUAAACAUUUUAUUGCAAAAUCCAAGUGCAAUAUAUUGAAAGAAGCAAAUUGAUUUAGGUUACAUUGUAGUUUACAUUGUAAAGAAAGAAAAUGUUCUUUUAUUAGCGCAAGAACUCAAACUUCAGUGCGUUUUCAAAGAAAAAUCAUAUUGGCAAAUAACGAACACCUUAAAAAAUAUGUACAUACCCCCCAUGCAUUAUUUAUGGAAAUCUUAGGUUAUGUUAGCAUUGUUAUUGCGCACAAAGUGUACAAAUAACAAAUUUUAUUUCAAAUUGAUUUGCUUGUGUAUGUACGCAUUUAUUUAACCUUACUUUUUGUUAUAGAACUGCCGAAAACCAUAUGAACAAGUUCAAAAGCAAAUAGAGCAAUUCAAUGAUUAAAAUAAAAACUUUUGCGAUACAAUACAGUUACUUCGUAAAUUCGACUUGAGAUGCCGUUUUAUUUAUUUUUGAAUAAUUUUACAUUGAAUUAUUUCUAGUUGAAUGAAGUUAAUUUAGUUAUGCAGGCAGAUAUUUGUUUGAAAGAGCGGAGAAAGAAAUACUUCAAAUGAAUUCCGACACACGAAUUCCUAUUCCAACUGCAAAUUUUAGUAAAAAUAAUAAAUUUCUUAGAGAAGAGCUGGGUAAAGGAUGCUUUUGUAUGAAUAUUUUUUUCAAUGCAUUUAUAAAAUAAUAAAAAUAUUUAUAAAUAAUUUCUAAGCAGUCAAAGCAAAAAUAUAAACUUUCCAUAAAUAAAAGUUGUUACUUGGAUGGAAUGUAUGUAUAUAUAUAAGUAAAAUUAAUAAGGAAACAUAGUAAUAAGUAAGUAAAGAAAAACAAUAUAAAAAUAGUAAUAAAUAUUUAGAUGACUGCUAGGUCUAAGUUAGGAAUAUAAAACAAGCAAUGAAUGCUAAUAUAAUAACGGUAAAGACGCAAAUAAGUUGCGGACACGUAGAAAUAAACAUAAAUAAAACAUUUAGUUAGAACUAAAAUCUAAAGAGCUAUGUAUGUGUACUUGUUCAGAGAGGUUAAUCUGAAAAAUCACUUUCUCUUAAAAAUCAUUAAUAUAAGUUGUUAUUUUAAUAAAUAGAGCUUUUGUAAACUUUUGUAAAGAAAUACUGAACACAUGUAAAAUUAAAUGAACAAUAAAAAAAAAUAAAAGAUUACAAA